UGCAAUCGCAUUAUAUUUAUGUGAUUCAUUUGAAAAUGAAGUGAAGACACUGUGAAUUUAAUCAAUUUGUACCAUAACUUCUACGUGAUUAUCAUAUACAUUCGAAAACGUUAACUUUCGGCAAGUAUUUUUUUGUUAUAUGAUUUUCCAGUGUGCAAAAAACGAACUAAGAUGGCGGAAGCAAGUCGAGCGUUUGAUGUUCUGUUGGCAGAUUUAGGUUUCUCGGACAACUUACUGGAUGUAUUUUCACAAUGUGGUCUUAAUCUUCACCGAUUGUGCACAGUUUCAUUCGAGGAUUUGAAGGAGCAUUUAAAACCGACAGCGGCAGGUGGAACAAAGUGGAAAUACGGAGUUCUCUACGAUAUGAUCGAUACCUGGCGGGAGCGAAAUCAAUUAACUAUUUCGUCGUUUUUGAACGCUUCAUUAGCUGCAGAAGAAGUUGGUAAAACCGUCUGUAAAGAAGAGCUUGUCAUUACGGAUGCAACGGAGCACGGAAGCUCGCGAUCGACGCUGUUGAUUCAAGAGGAAGCGGACGUUCCGAUCGAAUUAGAGGCUGAGGAAAUUCAAGAAGUCGAAAACCCACUUGUCGAACUCAAUCGCAUCCUAUCGCAGGAUAAUGAUACCGAUUCGCUAGAUACAACUGAAGACGUGCCACUACUUGAACAGUUCCCAAUCGCCGAAGAGGACGAGGAGGAUAUCGGUUUAGAAGAUUGCAAUGAGCCAGAAAGGAAUCCAUACACCACGGAAGACCCAGCAGUUCCACUAACUCCCUCAGUACUAUUGUUCCUUUUAAACAGUACUGAAGAAGGAAAAGAGAUCGUAGCAAGAGCUAAAGACGGAGAGCUUUCCGAGCCUAAGCAGUUACAACUUGCUGGUGUAAUCGCUCGCUUUCAUUUGAACCGAUACAAGAUCACGCGUAAAGAACAUUUGGAAAAUUACUGUCGUGUAAUUACAACUCUUUUUUCGCACGAAAAAACUGAAAACUAUUACAUUCCUAGAGGUGGCGAUCGCAAAAAUUUUGGAGGUAAAGUUGCUAAUAAAAUUAGCAACUUAAAGCAAAAAAAGCGAAAGUCGGAUGCGAAAGAACAAGAACACUCGAAGAAAAUUAAGGCCACAGGAAAAAUUGAUUCGCUGCUAGACCCAGAAUCACAAGCAGCAAAUGCAUGGUUGAAAUUAAAUACGGAACCAUGGUCAACGGUACUCGAAAUGUGGUCAAAAAGCUUCAAUUGUCGUAAACAGUACCUCAUGAACAAAAUCCAAACUAAGCAGCUUCUUACAUUGUUCGAGCACUAUAAAUCGAAACAUGGGUAUCAACUUUUGGAUAUUGAUUUUAAUCUCAAAGGCAUUGGUUCAACGAGCGGGUCAGAAAAAUUGGAAAGCUUGAAGGCGGGUUUAAUUACGUACAUCUCAAAAAAAGGUCUGGACCCAUCGGUAGACGGAUUGAUAUCUCUAUUGAUCGACAGCAACGCAUCUGACGAUUCCAAAUUAUGUGCGCUUUUGCUUGGACUUCAGACGGUUCUGUCACCGAUAGCGGCAGGAUUGCAUUUUAAACCCACCAUUGUAGUUGCACAAGACGAUACUAUUUUAUUCGUGGAGUCAGUUGAAGAUAUUCGUUCGAAAAUUCAAGCUGUAUAUGCAUCUUAUGCAGAACGCCACUUACCGGUUGCACCAAAACUUGUGUUUUUAGGUUCGGGCUACAAACAGGUCACUGGUAGAUUUUUUGUAUGCUACGACGACGUUAUUUUGUAUGAGCUACCCUCAGCAUCAAGAGCACUGGAUGUUUUGGUAAAGCUAACAGCUGUAUUCGAUCUGCCAUAUGCAAAGCUUUCAAAACUUCUUUGGCAUUUUUUGAGUUCUUAUGUAUACGGAAUAGAGAAACGAGAAACAUAUGCCAACAUCAGCAAAUUAACAGCAUAUUUGAAUAAUUUGGGGACAAAAUGUUAAUUCAUUGUAUGUUACCAGAUUGCGUCGCUAGUUUUACCGGUUGCGAGCCAUAUUUGGACCAUCUAAAGAAUUUCCAUCGAACGCCAGUAUCUUACAAAUAUGUGUGUACAAUGCCACGUUGUCCUCAAAUAUUUUCCAAAUUUUAUCCUUUUAAAAAACACAUUUCAAACCAUCCGGAAUUCCGUCUAAAUGUUCAUGUUCCGUAUGCUAAAAUUAUCAACCAAAUCCCCGAAACCAUUGGCGAAUCGUUCCAGGCGCGAAGAAAGAAGUUGAGGGUAGAUAACGUUAGCGAAGGUCGUCAAAUUACAAAGAAUAGUCCAAUCUUGCACCACACUCACGCAUUUGAACCAGCAGCUGCAGCAUUAACUUUAAAUUUACAUGCAAGAAAUAAUAUUACUAGAUCUAAUGUGUAUGAUAUUCAAGCUGAAAUCAGUCGAUUGUUGA